GCUCACACAAAGAGCAGGUCGCGGGGAGCGAGGAGGAGGAAACAACCUCAUGCUAAGUGGGGACCAAGGAGAAGAAAAUUACCCUGAAGCAGUGGAAUAUUUCGGGGGGACAAAAUGCCGUCCAGAAAAAAAUCAGGCAUGUUUGCAUCUGCUUUUCUGACCUGUGUUUGCUCUUUCGUGCUGAUUUGCGUUGUUCUGGCCACCCAGCACUGGAUAAGUAGUGAGGUUCACUUUUCUGGGACCAAUUCCACCACCACGGUGAGCCUCACCUACGGACUUUUUAGUGGCACCUGUGACCAGUUCAGCUCGGGACUUCUGGUUCCAGAAAAGAAUUUCCAAGUUGCAGAUAUCCUGAACAACGUCACAGCAAAAGGCACCGUCACAGCAACUAUCGUGAUUCUGGUCUUCAGUUUACUGGUUUCCCUUCUGAGUUCUGGAUUUACCUGCACUAAUGCUGUCAGUAAUCCCUACCAGACGUUCCUGGGACCUAUCGGAGUCUAUACCUGGAAUUCCUUAUGCGGAAUCUUUGUACUUCUAGCCAUGAUACUUUUUCCUGUGAACGUAGAAGGAAAUGGCCUGUCUAUAGAAUUGGCCCGUGGAUGUUUUCCUGCUCUGCAGACGCAUACCGAAUCCAAGCACACGUAUGGAUAUUCAUAUUGGAUCAUGCUGCUCAUCAUUUUUCUGAACAUUGCUUCUAUCAUCAUCAUAUAUUUCUAUGACCACGCAAGAUAUUCUAAGAAGAAGGAACAGGAAAGACCCAUUGAAAACGCACCAAAAGAUGUCAUUUUGUUUUAAGGAUACCACUGAAGAGGAAAAUGACUGUUUAAUACGGACAAUCAUGGCUGAUCAUUUCCAAAUUGAAGCUGUGUGUAUAGUUCAAUUAGCAAAAUACCCUAUUUUGUUUUCAAAGCAAUUUGAUUUUAUCUUAGGUCUUAAUGUAAUACUUACAAGUUUCCAUUGGUAAACGUGCUGCUUAAACACCUCCUGAGUAGAUACAGCCUGAAGUGUGUGAUGCCAUCACCAUCCUGUAGGAAUGGAACUCAUGCACCUUAGGGCUCUGCUCUUCUCCAGAGGGAUCACUGUGAAUACACCUCCUAGAAGGGUUACUCCUCUCCGUACCACCACCCUUCCAAAAGGACUGCUACCUUCUUGCCCACACAGCACAGAGGGGCUGGUUCCCACCACCUUCUUUCUGGAUUUUCUGGACCACAGGACAGACUGGUGGUGGCCGACCUGGCUUUCCACAGGUUGCACCACCAUCGGGACCUAGGAAUGCAUUGCUGCUUUGCCCUUUGAGUCUGAACAGGAUGAUCAGAGACAUUGUUUUGGUUGUGUAUGUGAUUUGGGAUCUCAAGGGGCAAAAAUAGUGCAAACACCAGGAGCUCUGGGGACCACAAGAGAUGGUCAUUAAGGUAUCGGUGUUUUGUUUUGUCCUGCAAUUCUUACUGCUGCCCCUUCCCUGCUUAGGGAUCUUCUCCCACAGGUCCCUAUGGCACUGCCCUGGUGUCCAAGGGCAGGUUUGCAGCCUCCUCUCCAUCAAUAAGAGCGUGAGCCCUUGGAAAAACUCGCUUGCAGUCAAUCACCUUCACAUCAACCCUCCAGACAGCAGGAGCACUGACCCUUGUCCAGGCUUCCAUUUCUGGCUGGGGUGGAGACAGGGUAGCAUGAGGAUGGGCCAUGGCCAACACGAGACAGCAGAGGAGCCAGUUAUUAAUCUGUAGAAAUAUCAGCAAAUGCUUUUCCAGGCUAUUUAUGGACCCUGAAUUACUGUCGACAGCAACGGGCAGAGCUGCACCUUGAGCAGGUGUGGCCAUCACCUUCCCACCUGCUGAGCCAGACUUUGCCCCCACACAGGUGCCAUGGAACGGGUUUUAUUAGCAGCGAGUUACAGCCAGGACACCCCUCUGCCCAGUUCAAUUAGUAUUUAAUACACACACAAAGACACACUACUGUAGAGCUGCACAGAAGUGGGGAGCUCCCUUCCUGUCCCCCCUCCAAGGGAAAGCGCAGAUGAAUCUGACCUGGGACAGAUGCCAUCGUGCAAAAUCAUCCUUAAGUGCCUGUGCCCCAGGAGAAGUGCACCAUGCAAAACAGCAGCCAGCACCUUCUGCUCCUUCACUCCUCACCUCUGCAGCCAGGAGAGCAAUUUUUUUAUUGCCUCGUUUUCCUUUACAAUGUGAUUUUCAGUCAUGCUCGGUAUCUGCCCUAUGAUGUAAGAUAUGCUCAUGGGGCGGGGGGGAAGAAAAAAAAUAUGCAUUUCUCAGGAGGGCACAAGAAGACACAAGAGACAACUUCCUACUA